AUGAUGAGUCUGCUCAUGUGUUUGUGUUGUGUGCUAAUGGACCUCAUGACAGUCCACAGUCAUGUGCUCAUGCAGGGCCGUAUAGUCGGUGGUCACACCGCUGCACCAAACUCCGUCAAAUACAUUGUGUCACUGCAGAGCACCCGAGGCCAACACUUCUGUGGUGGAUCAUUGGUUCACAGGUACUGGGUGCUGACAGCAGCGCACUGUAACAUCGGGGCAGAGCACAUGAUGAUAGUGGCGGGCGACUACAUCGUAAACAGCUUUGAGGGUACGGAGCAGUACGCUAAACCCCACAGGCUGGUUCCCCACCCGCGCUACAACAGGAGCACCAACAAUGCUGACAUCAUGCUCAUUAAGCUGCGGGCCCCCAUAGUGCUGAACAGGUACGUGUCGCUGGCGCCUCUGCCCAGGCAGGGGACAGGAGUGGUCGAAGGCUUGGUGUGUCGGGUGUCCGGGUGGGGCUACAACAACCUGGGUGAAGGCCAGGCCCCCUUCACCCUGAGGACAGUCACAGUGCCCAUUGUUUCAAAUGCAAGGUGUAACAGCAGCGAGUCAUUUAACGGUAACAUCACAGCAAACAUGAUCUGUGCUGGCUACACGACUGGAGGAAAAGAUGCAUGCAAGGGAGACUCUGGCGGUCCACUGGUGUGUAGGGGGUGUGCCUACGGCGUGGUCUCCUGGGGCAACGGCUGUGGUGAUCCUAAGUUUCCAGGAGUCUACACGGCUGUGUCCAAAUUCCGCCGGUGGAUAGACCAAACCAUCUACGGGUCCCACCUACGCUGUAGCAGAUACUGAUGCAGCUAAAGAUGAUCAUAAAAGCAGCCAUUAAUGCCAGAAAGGGGUAUUUCCCAUGCAAAUGUAUGUGCCAGCAUGAACCAACGCUGAUUCUGUGGAAGAGCUUCCUCUGAAACAUUGCUCUGAUUAUUCUGAUAGUGUUUCCAAUACCAAUAUACAGUAACAAUGACGCAUAUCAUAUUCUCAAGUAAUCUAUCUGUAGCUCGUCUCUGCCUGCUACAGUUAUUGUAAAAGCCACUACAGUGGCCACUUUAUAAGCCUUCUGUUUAUGUAAUCCAGUGAUGUCAAGUUCACAACUUGUACAAAUUUUAUGCUAAUAAAUAUCACAUUU